CUGCACACGUCAUGAAUUAACGCUGAAGGGCCUCCCUUAGUUCGUCCAUCAUAGCAUAGCAUAGCGUCUUUUUGCUGGUCGACAACAGACAGCGCCCUCUCACCCCACUAAGCGACCUGACGGCAUCCAUCCACAGCCAAGCACAGUGCCAAAACAGUCAUGAAAAGGUGAAAACGUAUCCUCACGCACACACACAGACAGACACACACACAUGCACACAGGGAGUGGGUCUCAGCCUCAUCAGCCAGCCGCCCAUCAAUCGUCAGCAUAUCACUCACUCUCAAUAAACGCAUUGAGAGAGCGGCAAACAAGCGACAGACAGACGGGACGGCCGCCGAACUUACCUUGGCUAUCUGUUAUGUCAGCCCCCCUAGCCAAGCUACUAGAUGGGUCGACUCGGCCUUGGGAAUGUCAUCAUGCAACCCACCCACCCACGUGUGUGUGUGCGUGCAGUGUGGGGCUGCCCACCUGUUAGUUCGCUAUUCAUGUGUCUCCGAAGGACCGUUGGCCAUCUGCUGCUGUUGGUCAGAUGAAUGCUCGGGGAAGAAGUGCUCGAGCAUCUGCAGGAUGCUCGCCGCCUCCUCCUUCUCAGAAUACACCUACACCCACACACAGACACAGACACAGACACAGACACGGGUGCACACACCACAACACACAUCGAUGCACCCAUGCACCCCCCCUCCACUCCUUCCCUCCCUCCCUCCUGACCUGUAUGGAUCUCAGUGUGAGCAUCCCCACCACCCACACCCGCCUCAGCUCAUGACGACCCUCAGCAGGCAUCAUGAGACCCACCAGCACCGCACCUAUCGGCAGCUCCCCUUUGUCCGUGCCCUCCACCUCACCAGAUUCCUCAAGCGCGGGCAGUUCAGACGCCAGAAUGUGCCUCUCGCGCAGCAGCUGACGAGAGAGAUAGAGAAGGAGAGAGACAAGGGGCACGUGAUGUGCGUUGGUAUGUGUGUGUGUUCGGUGUGUCGUGGGUCUCACCUUGAUGAGCAGCCUGGGGGUCAUCCGGACCUUCCGGUGCGAUGAAUGCCUGCAACCCGCACAGACGAUAUGGACACAAGUGUGCGCUGGCGUGUGUGUGUCUGAUCCCUCACGAGGCCAGGAGGUGGGUGCUCUCCUGCGCCGCCCGCCAGCGGCACUCACAAUCGACCAGAAACCCUUCAGGGAAGCGCUCCAGGACACGUAGGCCCAACUGAGAUAUAUGCGCACACCCACCAACCACACGCAGCAAGACAGAUGAGUCAUGUUAGGUGCUCGUGGUCUUCUUCUGAUUGGUACCGUGACAAUUGCCGGAAUGGCCAGCUUCCGCCUUUUGAAGGCAAGACGUGAGAGCAGGUAGUCGCUCAGACGGGGCGACACGGCAACCAGCUGUAUGCACAGACAAACAGAAACAUACGUGCGGAUCACCCAUCCACCCUCCCUCCCUCCCUCCCUCUGUCUCACCCUUUUGGGCGCUCCGUAGCAGUCGAUCCACCAGUAGAGCGGAUACCCACCAAUGGACACAUCGGCCGACCGACACAGAUCACCAUCACCAUCCACACCAUCAUCCAUACCCCCACCACCACCAGCCUCUCCCUCUGUCUCUGCCCCAUGCAGCCCCCAGCACCGCCUGAUGGCCUGCCACUCGGGAUCGUGGUGCCUCACAGGCUGGUAGCGGAAGCUGAUGAAUGUCUUGUACCGGCCCGUCUGGUGCGCGUGGGUCAGCGCCAGGAAGGACUUCUCCUCCUCUCGCUUCUCCUCCUCACUCAGCUCCCGGAACUCGUACGCCCUCCCCUCUCUGUCCGUUUCCAUUUCUCGCCUUGACCUGCCGCCCGGCCUCUCUGUCUUGGUCAGCAGAGCAACGAAGAAGCCUCCAGCGUUGUUGUGGUGCGGGGGGACACGGAGGCAUUGCGUGAGCGACGCGACCAGCCGGUCGUCUUCGGUGUUUGUGUUCUGAGAGGGAGUGGCCGGAAGGGGAAGGGGGAGGGGCUGUGAUGGUGGGCGAGGGGCGGGUGUGGGUGGAGGUGGGGAGGGGGGGAACAUCGACCGCCAGAUGAGGCCUUUUGGCGCACGCUCCCUCUCUGGCACGCUGUCCCAUGAGUCGAAAAAGGGAUACGUCACCGUCUCGUUGUUCACGGUCUCGGCCCCGGCCUCUCCUCCGUCCAUCUUCACCUCUGCUUGAGCGUCUUCAGUGGCCAUCUCAGCGUCAUCACCAUUUCUAUCUCCCUCUGUCUUGUCGGCCUCUGCGCCCAUCCUGCGUGCGGUCUCCGAGACGACCUUCCUGUCCACCCACUGCGGCACGCGCCAUGUGGUGAGGCCGGGCAGCACACGCAGCUCGGGGAUGACCGCAGGGAUGGGGAGGAUGGCGAUGGACUCGUGAGGGUUGUCUUGGGUGUAGGAGCGAAUGGCGGCCAGCAGCACCUGAUGGAUGGAUGGAUGGAUGGAUUGACAGAUGUCUGACAGAUUGACAUGCGGAUGGUAAAGAGCGGAGUUGUGUGCGGUCACUUACGGCUUCGUUCUCGAUCGGGUUCAGAGAACAGGUCGAGUAGACGAGCUUGCCGCCGACUUUCAGGUGACGCAGCCCCUUCACCAGCAGUUUCACCUGGCUGUGACACACAAACACACACCAAUAUCAAUCCAUCCACACACCCACACACAGCCGCCCUAGUGGCUCACAUAGGGUGCAUCUCCACGCCGUUUUUGCCGUGCCAGUUCUGCCAUAUCUGGUGGUUCUUGCGCAAGGUACCGUCACCAGAGCAGGGCACGUCGGCCAUGAUGCGGUCGAACAUGACACACGGGGGGUGGUCGAAGGGAUCGUUGGGCCGCCUCGUCCAGUCAACUGAGUUGGGCUCGUCGCGCACGAAGGGCAGCUUGUUGCCGUCACCGAGAAACACGGCCACUGAAUGAAUGCGAUGUCCAUUGAUGCAUUCGUGUGUGUGUACGGCGUGCGUGUGUGCUAUGUGGCCUUACCGCCUGGCGAAGCGGUCUUCCUGAUCUGCCUUUGCAAUAUCAUGCAGCAGCGGUGCACGUCCUUGUCGUUGGAUAUCACACCACCUACAUCCACACGCCAACAUGCACACAUGGCAUACACAUCCAUACGUCCACCUUUACCCCCUCUCACAGAUGGCUCACCUGUGGGCAUGGCGGCACCAUCAGCGUCGCUUGCACUUGCUGCGUCUUCCUCCUCGGUAGCGAAUGUGCGGUGGCGGGACAGCUGGUGCUCGAUGGCCUGUGUGGUCUUGGACCCAGGCGCAGCGCACAUGUCCAGCACGAGAUGGGACGGCUCGAUGUCGAGGAUGAGCGGGGGCAGCAUGGAGGCCAGCUCCUGGAACGUCACAUCACCUCGACGAUUCAGCAACUCGCACCACUGAUUGGACAUCCAUCCCACCACACAGACAGACAACGACAUGCGUGUUGUGUCUGAUGUGUCCCACGCUGCGCUCCACUUACUGUACCUCUCUGAUGUCCGAAUUGGCGUUGUAGUCCUCACAAGAACACUCCCACACCAAUGGCAGCUGAACAACAAUCAUGGCACACACAACAGGACACAGACAUGGCCUUCUUGUGAUACAUGCAGGCAUGCACUCACCCCCUCUGUGCCGUCCCACAGCCUCGGCUUCCAUCUGUAAUCCCCCAUCAGCCGCCGCACCCUCUCCCGCCACAGCGGCCUCGACGCGUUGAUCCGCACCACCGUCGGCAAAGCCACGCGACACGCCUCAUAGAACAGCGGCCACUCAUCCGCAGGGAAGAUGUUCUGCGCCCGGUAGUAGGCAUCGAAGUACGGAUUGGCCACCCGCCUCUUGUCAAGUCUGCUGCGUCGGGUCUUCAGAUCUUCGCGCGUUUGUGACUCACUGUCGUUGCUCUCCAGAGGCCGCUUCUUCCGAGGCCUUCGUUUCCCCAUUUUGCC